UGUAGAUGAGGUCGAUGACAUAUGGAUGACAUACAUCUCCACAAAGAACUGUCACUGUCAUUUUUUAGUUGCUUGAAAAGGAGUUGAAAAAUUUUGAUUUUUUUGAAUUUUUUAGCAGGUGGCCAGUGAUUGAUGAUUUUGAAAUAUUUAUUGAACAAUAGCCGAAAUGAAGCAAACAAUAAAAAUAUCCCAAACUAUUAUAGAUAGAUUAGGACGUACCCCUAACAGCUGUGAUGGUAAUUUGUAUGGAAUUUCCCAUCAAAAUGAUUUGUUUAUCCUGGUUUUACAGGCAGAUUCAGAAAACGAAAUUGAUUUCUCUAGUUUCCUUCCCACAGGAAUUGAAUUGUGCGGCCGUUUUCAAAAAGCCGAGAUUACCGACUUAAAUAUACAAAUUCCAGCUCAAUCAGUAUUAGUUACAAGUAGUAUUGGCAAAGAAAAUAACGUGAAUCUUUACCAAGAACAAAAUGGAAAGCUCAAUAAAUCUGAAUAUCAAAUCAUCACUGAACAGGAGAUUAAUAGCACAUUUUUAUUUAUUAGACUGAAAGGUGAGGUUGUCCUAAAAUCUGAAUUUACCGUGCAAGCAUUGAAGGAUGCCUUCCAAAUAAUUAAGAAAUCACUACCGUUGGAUAGUGUUUUUGGUCUUUUAAAAAGCAAUUUAUUUCUCCAAGAACAUGGCACAAUAAAUGCUGAGUCUAAUAGUGCUAUUAAUGAAUUUUACGAGGAUGUAAACGGUGCAAAUGAUGAAGGCAGUAGAAAAAAGAAUAAAGUUGUUAGUAUAAAGCCAAGAGUUUUAGAUUUUAAUUAUCUUCAACAGUUAACAAGAGAUAAAUCAAUUGAUAGUAUAAAAGAACAUGCUCCAAUUGGGAUUCUUAACAAAAAUCCCUUGACCAUUAUUGAUACACUGUUACCACUAAAUUGUAUUUCUAUGGUUCAUGAACAAACUAAGACAAGUCAACUCUACGAAAUUUUAUUAAAAAGUACUGCAAAUAGAUUAAGUUUACUGGAAGAGAAAAUUAUUCAAUUUGUAAAAAGUAAUAGAAAAUCUUUGACAUUUCAACCAUACCAUUAUUAUCCUGAGGAAUGCAAGCAUUUUUUGACAUUACUAUAUGCCAAGAGUCAGACAGAUAAAGAUACUGAAUCAGAACGAAAACUAAUACACAAACAAUUACUAUUGGAUUUGAAUACUCCUAGGUUUAGAAGAGCAAAUCAGUAUUCAUUUGAUAAAAAAUUGAAUGGUCCAUUGAUUAAUCCACACGAAGGAGUUAAAAACACUGAUAAUGGUGGUACCAUUGCAUUAGUUAAAGGCAAAUAUGAGUACUACCACUAUUGUCAAAACAACAUGGACGACAACGGUUGGGGAUGUGCUUAUCGCUCCUUACAAACUCUAGCUUCCUGGUUCAAACUGCAGGGGUAUGUUGAUAGGGACGUGCCCACUUAUCAGGAAAUACAGCAAUGUUUGGUAGAUAUUAGAGAUAAACCUUCUAGCUUUGUUGGGUCCAGACAGUGGAUUGGAUCUACCGAAGUGAAUUUUGUAUUAAAUACAUUAUUAGGUGUUCAAAAUAAAAUUGUCUAUGUUAGUAAUGGUGAAGAUAUGGCUUCUCAAGGUCCUGAAUUGCUUAAUCAUUUUCAGAAUUAUGGAUCUCCCAUAAUGAUAGGUGGAGGCGUUUUGGCUCACACAAUUUUGGGAGUUGAUUACAACCAACAGACCGGUGAUAUAAGAUUUUUAAUUCUCGAUCCUCACUAUACGGCAGGAGAAGAUUUACAUGUCAUACAAAAUAAGGGAUGGUGUGGAUGGAAAAACCUCUCAUUUUGGAAUAAAACGGCAUACUACAAUAUGUGCUUACCGCUUGUUCCUAGAGAAGUUUAGAUUUUCGGUUGGAUUUAUAAAUUCGAUCACACUGUUACAUUUUUUUAUGUCUAUGUAUAAAGAAUAAAGCAUUAUCAUUAAAA